GAGCGCUUUUGCGAGCGCCUUUUUGCCGCGAUCCCUGGACCAGUUGCAGCCGCGACUAGACCAGAGGCGCAGUCCUUGUGUAUUUUCGACGCCUGCGACGUCAGCGCCAUCAUCGGUGCUCGACACGCCAAUUGCUCACUGACCGCGUUUAGAGAAACUCGCGGGUAACUCGCCGGACACCGCGCCGUCUGCAUAUAGAACUUGCCGUCGCCGUGCCGCUGUACGCCAUGCAUCACCUCCUGGCAGUGCUGAGCCUCGCGACCGCGCUCGUCGCGCCGACGCGGCGCCAGACAACUCGCCUCCGCGCCGCGUCGCUCGAGAAGAAGGGCGACGAUUAUAUUUUUGAGGACAUCGCGAAGAACUUGGGAAAAGGAGACCAGGACCGCCUGUACCAGUACCAACUGGAGCUCGCCGAGCGCUACGGCGAGGACAAGAUCGGUCGCGCGGCGCCGCCGCCGAAGCCCAAGAAACCGAAGCAGGGGGGCACCGUAGUCGUCGAGGCCGUGACGACGACGCCGAGGACGAAGGCCGUCGUCGCACCGCGCAACUCCAAACUCCGCUGGCGAGGCCUCGUGUGCGGCGCCGCGGUGGCGUUGUUUUUGACGCCUGGGUUUUUGGAGUACUUGAUCAGCGUCCGGACGAAGGCGCUCGCCCUCGAGAAGUCGCUCGAGGCGCUCUUAUUAGCAGUGGCGGCGCCGGCGACGGACGCGCUCUCCGCUGCGUGCGGCGCCGCCGCGCCCAUCUGCGCAUCGGCCUACGGCUCCGUCGCCGCCACCGCGGCCGGUGCGUAUGGUGCGGCCGCGCCCGCCUGCGCCAAGGCUUGUAGUAGCGUCGGCGCGGCGGCGUCGUCGGCCUGCGGCGGCAUCUCGGCGGCGGCCGGAUCGGCCUCCGCCUCUCUUGCACCGCUCGCGGCCAAGGUUGGCUCGGCCGUGGGUUCAGCGUACAGUAGCGUCUCCGCGACCAAGGUCGGCGCUGCGGUGACGAGCGGCGUCGCCAAGGCGAGUGCGCGGGUCGGACCGCCCCUGGCCCGCGUCUGGAGUUUCUUGGUCAAUUGGAAGGGAUUGAUCUUCUGGCGACCUGGAAAUUAA